UGCGUGCUGCGGUUCCGGUUCCGGCUGAGGGCUGCACCUGCGGCGACGGUGAGCAGCCAUGGCGUACUCCACGGUGCAGAGGGUGGCCCUGGCCUCAGGGCUCGUUCUGGCGGUGUCGUUGCUGCUGCCCAAGGCGUUCCUGUCCCGUGGAAAGCGGCAGGAGCCGGCGGCGGCACCCGAAGGAAAGCUGGGCCGAUUUCCUCCUAUGCUGCAUCAUCAGCAGGCGCCUUCAGAUGGCCCGACCCCUGGGGCUCGUUUCCAGAGGUCUCAUCUUGCAGAGGCAUUUGCAAAAGCCAAAGGAUCCGGAGGAGGUGCCGGAGGAGGAGGUAGUGGAAGAGGCCUGAUGGGGCAGAUUAUUCCAAUCUAUGGCUUUGGGAUUUUUUUAUAUAUACUUUACAUUCUCUUUAAGCUCUCAAAGGGGAAAUCCAGUGCAGAGGAUCGGAAAUGUUCUUCCACCACAGCUGGAAACGCCCACAGGAAAAUUACCAAUUUUGAACUUGCUCAACUGCAAGAAAAAUUGAAGGAGACAGAAGAAGCCAUGGAGAAAUUAAUCAACAGAGUGGGACCUCAUGGUGAGAGCAGAGCACAGGUGGUGACUUCUGACCAAGAGAAACGAUUGCUGCAUCAGCUCCGAGAAAUCACCAGGGUCAUGAAAGAAGGAAAGUUCAUGGACAGACCCACUCCUGAGAAAGAAGCAGAGGAGGCUCCUUACAUGGAGGACUGGGAAGGUUACCCUGAAGAGACUUACCCAGUGUGUGACCUUUCAGACUCUAUCAAGCGUAGGCAAGAAACAAUCCUGGUGGAUUACCCUGAUCCACAAGAGCCCUCUGCUGAAGAAAUAGCUGAAAGAAUGGACGUGAUGGAAGAGGACGGAUCAUACCGCGUGGACUGGGAAGGUCUGUCCGCCAACCUCAGAGCCCCGGAAGAAAAUUCUGUUCAUUCAUCUGAGGCACAGCCAGAGCCUUGUUCCUGCUGUCCUGAAGAGGAUCCUGCUGUUCUAGCAGAGAAUGCUGGAUUCAGUGCAGAUGGCUGCAGUGAGGAAGCCCCCCAGGAAGAGUGGCCCCAGGACUUCAGAGGUGAAGGGCUGGGUGUUAGUGCCGGCACAGGCAGCACACUGAGGAAGCGCAGCCCCCAGGGUUUCGAGUGACACCUGUGGUGAUGUAGCCACCCCUCCAGUCCCGUAGUGACUGUUCUCUGCUUUCCUCCUUGGCCCUUUCCCUUCUCUCUCUGCACCCAAUUGUCACAGCUCAGACCACCCCCGUGGCACACGUUCAGGUGCUCACAUACCUGCCACCUUGUAAAACGUGGACAUUCCUAUGGACACAGGCAGCCGUGGCCUCUUCCUGCCUUUCCUAGUCAGAAGUUGAACCAGCGAGUAACCACACUUGGUCUGUCAUAAUUGCAGGUGGGACCUGUCAGGGCCAGAGGUCUAACUCUUCCUCCAGUAGCAGAUGGUUUGCCUGUGACUGGAUGUCAGCUUACAGAGGCAGACUUACGGCUAUAAGAGGCAAGAUCUCAGGUUCCAAGCUGCCUUGUUCUUUGGGCCUUGAGCAGAUGCCAGGGAAAACGGUUAAAAAUCAACAUGAGGACCGCUAUCAGAAGGUAACCUGUCUGCUCAGCAUUGGGAAAGCCUUCAGUGUUUUUGAGUAGAGCACUGCACUCCUGUUGGAAAGAAUGCUGUUUGACAUGUACCGCGGACAACUUAGAAAACUAAAGGUAAAAGCCACUGUCAGGAUGCCUCACUGGUCUGAUACUGUUGUGUUACUUCCCUCCAGGAGGGGGUAUUUUUUGCUUUAGGGUUAUGAGGCUCUGAUGAGGAGGUCUGUUUCCUUCUUCCCCUCCCCUGCACUCAUCCAGGGACAGGCGUUCUGGCCAGAGGGUCAGUCCUGCUGCUAACAUGGAAACCUGGCUGAUAGAGUGCACUGUGAAUCACACGGGCAGAGGAGUGGGACACGGCCCGUGCGUAUCCUCCUUAGCGUCUGGGUCAGCUCCUCACAAGGUCUGAGCCUUGAUUUCCUCAGCAGUAAAGGAAGGAUGGAGAAAGCCCAGCUCUCCCAGGAUUGUGGCAUAAUGUUAUGUAAAACAGCACUGGUUCUAGCUAUCUUUAUAGUACGAUGGUUUACUCUGUCCAAUAGAUUUUCCCAAAGUCCUUUCAAUACACUUGACAGGUGGUGGGUAAAGUGGAGAGUAAGACUAGUGAGGGUGGGAGCAUGGGGCUGGUCUUGAAUUAGGGUAGCGCGGACAUGGGAAAUGCUGCAAAACCCACUGUAUUCCUGAAGGUCGGUGUUUGAGGAAACCUGGCUUGUGGAGGAAACAGUUCAUGCCCUAAAUGCUAAGUCCCCACAAUAGUUCUCUCUGACCUAGACCUUGGUUGGUAUAUACUAUCAGGGAAGGAAGCUCGAUGUGUCUUUCAGACGGCAAGGAUUGUGACCUUGCUUCCAGAAUUACUUGGCCAGUGAUGUGCUAGUUCCUCGCACAUGCCCCACAAGCAGGUAAUGGGCUUUUUGUCUUGGUGACCUCGGACAGUUGGCAAAGC